GUCAUUUAUGGCUUAUUGAAUGAGUCUAGCCUGUCUGAGACUCUUAGAUUCAAUUCGAUUAUGAUGUAUUAAGAGGCCACUAGCAAAGAAGAAAAAUUUACGGUUAGCUAUCGCGUAAUCAGCUGAUAUUUUACUGAAGUAUAUUAACUAAAGGCAACCCGAUCAUUUAACAUUUUUAGGUUCAUUUUAACGCUGAUGUAUGCGGAAUAAGGUGAAAGAAUAUAGAAGAUACAUUAUCUGAAUCUAAACUUGGGGACUCCUUUAAGAAUCUGUAAGGGGUUCAGUCUCAAGGAUGGGUAACGCAGGAAGUAAUCAACCUGUAGGUCACCAUCAUGGCAGUAACACCAGUAGAGAUAGUUAUCACCACCGCUACAGUAAGGAUCAUCCCCCUCCAUCCCCAAAUAAAGACGAUCAGGCUUUUAUUUUCGACAAAAAGGCGAACCAGAAGAUUGUUUUUCAAUCUUCUCACGAAGAGGAAGAACCUUAUUUCACAAAGAAAGAUCUACAAGACUCUGGGAGCUAUGCACAGCGACCUCGUUCAAAUACCGUCUCCGAAGGCACUAAAGUGGCUGACAGUAAAGUACUGCCAACUGUUUUCAAAUGGGAAGGAGGAGGAAAACAAGUUUAUAUCAGUGGAACUUUCACUGACUGGAAAACACUCCCCAUGGUGAAAAGUCAUGGAGAUUUCGUAACUAUUAUCGAUUUGCCGGAAGGGGAACACCAAUAUAAAUUUUUCGUUGAUGGCGAAUGGAGGCAUGAUCCAGGCUUGAAUCUCGUGGACAAUGGAAUGGGUUCAAAGAAUAACUUAGUAUCAGUUAGAAAAUCAGACUUCGAAGUCUUCCAAGCCCUUGCUAAGGACAGUGAAGGAAUUAUCAGUAGUGCUCAAACAGAGUACGGCCAAGAGGUUCCCCCGCAUAAGCCUUGGGAAAAAGCAGCUGGGCCUCCGAUCCUGCCACCUCACUUACUGCAAGUUAUUCUCAAUAAGGACACGCCUUUAUCCUGUGAACCCACACUGCUGCCUGAGCCGAACCACGUCAUGUUAAAUCACCUCUAUGCCCUAAGUAUCAAAGAUAGCGUAAUGGUCCUGUCGGCUACGCACCGCUAUCGAAAAAAAUACGUCACUACGCUCUUAUAUAAACCGAUUUAAAUUAAUUGUAAAAAGUUCAGGCAGAUGGUCUCAGUGCAUUCGAUGUCUUUCAUUUCAUCUAAAUAAAUGUUACACUGCUGAAUUACAAAGUAUUGUGAUAUUUCCUGAUUAGAUGACACUCGAUUACACUACUGCAAUACCUCACAUUAGAGGAAAUACAUGACAAAUCAUCUAAUGAGUUUUAUCCCUUGUGAGCAUCUUUGAUGGAAAUUCUAGUAUCAGUUCUCUUAGAAGUUGAAAGAAAAACCCUAGAAUAUUUUUUGAACAAUUCAAAACAAUAAACAUUUAGGUCUGGUCCUAAAUUUGUAUAAUUAUGAAAAAAGCAACAAACAAAAAAUUAUUUACAAAAAAAAACUUUUUUCACAAUUAUAAACAUUUAGAACCAGGCCCACAUUCCUUAUUGCUUCUUAUUCAGUACCCCAGAUUUUGAACUUGAUCUGUAGCUUCGUGUGAAAAUAAGUUAGGAAAUAAAAAAGUGUUGUUAAGUUAGGAAUCCGGUCACGUUUGACAUCUUUUUUGAACAAAAUUUUUUUAAGAAUUUCCGGCUUUUCAAAUAGAAAUCUUAGAACCCUAUAAAUAUAAAAAUGGGAUCUCUCACUGUCUCUCUUACCAGCCAUGACGUGGCGUCCCCAGUGCCCGAAUCUGAACUCUGAAGUUCGUGCAUACGAGUAUUAUAUUCGUUAAUUAUUUACAUAGUUUUUCACAUUCUGCAUAGAAAACAAAAAUGAAUUGGAUGCAUUUGUAUCAGCAGUAAAAAUUAUUUUAACCGGUAUUCUUAAAGGAUAAGUACCGAUUGCAACCUAUUGGUUACAUAAAUUGAUGUAUCGGGUGUGAACGAUUGGAAAAGGACCGCGCAAAUCAGAUGUAAAUAAAAAUUGGUAUAAAAUCCUUUCGGAUUUUGUACCAGAAUUCACUGCUUUAUUUUGUCGUAUCGUCGAUCAUUCAUACCUUUCGAAAAUUAUGCAAUUUAAUUAAGGGCAAGGAACACUACGCUUUUCUUUCGAGAUCGUUAAUUGACGCCGAGCUGAGCAUAGUGUCCUUAUUUUCAUAAAAGCCCACGAUUUCACGUCGAAGAACACUUGAUUAAUUCUCCACCUGAAAGUUUGUUAAAAAUCACAUCGCUAGAAAUGAAUGCUCGAUAUAUCGACAAAGAAACACAAAGCAACUGUCAGGAUCUCUUGGCUAUUGAAAUAACACGCCAACUGCCACACUGAGACUAAUGACCGUACGCCAUUGACUCUUCUUGUACUGUUUUCAAUAUCUCAGCUGAUAUUGCAGAGUUUACUAUACAUUUAUAUUGCUUAUUAUUUUAUAAUAAAAGCACUUGAUAUCAACAAUUGCUUAUAUUUUUAUAAUUAUUAUUAAAUAAUUAAAAUCCACUACCGAUUUACUGCCAUUCGAAUGAUUAUAAAUCUAGUUUUCGUUUCAGUAUUUACUGAUUAAAACUAGACUUCACCGUUUCAUUCACAGCAAUUGCCAAUCUUAAGUUUUCUGUUGGAUACAACAUCCGCCAAACUCUAUUUUAGAGAGAUUUUAACCGAUGCAUAUGCCCAUGCAAUUAAUUAGAAAACGCUUAUUGGAAAUAUUUUAGGUUACUCGGCCCGAUGCGACUCCAUAGAAUGAACAAUCUAUUAAAUUCGAACUCACCGUUUCACUGCUGCCACUCAGCUGACUGAUUGAAAUUUUUACAAACUGAUAGACCGCAAUUCGUAUGUAACCGCAUUCUUAAAAGUUUCUAUUCAAAAAAAAUUUAUUGAAUCGAUUUUUGCUUUCUGAGAGUGCGUCGCACAGUGUACUAAAGUGAAAAAUCCCAUGAGCGAAGAAGAAUAACUGCAGAAAAUAUGGAAAAGCUUAAAAAAUAUUUUGUUCUUGAAAAUCUAGGUUAAAUUUGUCAUUUUUUUCCAAAAAAAUUGUAUUAGUAAAUGCCAUGGGCGCUCCUGUAUUAUAUUCAAUAUGCUACAAAUAUUUUUAAACUGGUUUUUUUCAUGCAAAAUCGAAAUCCGGGCUUUACAUUAGCCAAGUAUUUGACGAAAAUUCAUCUAUGUAAAGACUAUUCGUCGUGUUUAAGUAUUUUUGGUUUUUGGCGAAUUCAAUAUGGCGGACCAAAAUUGGAAAAUCCAGUUGAUAUGACUGAAAAUUACUGUACAGGAGUUCUUCUUGUUGCUGAUUUCGAAUCCAGAGUUAAAAUGUCAACACUCAAGAUGGAGGGUCCAAUCUGGUGGAACAAAAUUGUGAGAAUAUAACCGAUUUUUAUUACAUAAGGCUAUUCGGGGAAUUUUCAUGUCGAUGAUUUCAAAUCCAUAGUCCAAAUUAAACAUUUUUAAAUGGCGUAUCCAAUAAGGCGGACCGAUCUUGUAAAAAUGAAACAGAUUUUAAUAAAAAGUACACUCAAAUUUAACCUCGAUUUUCAAGGUCAAACCUAUUUUGUGAUUGAAUUCAAUGAACAUGCUUCGGAACAUCCUAACAUGCUUCCCCAUAUUUUCCCUAUAUUCUGUAGUUAUUCAUUCGCAAAUCAAAAAACAUUCAUCCUUAAGGGGCAUUUCUACCGAAAAUUCAACGAUUUGUCACGGACUCUUUCACUUUAGCCCACUGUUCAUCGUCUCAGCGUAGAGUUUUAAUUAUUUCUCGAAAACUAAGGAAGAUCCUAUUUUUAUAUUCACAGGACUUUUAAGGCCAUGUAACGAGUGGGUCACGUGAUGACUAUGUGAUGAUUGGGAGACGUGACCAGAUUCCUACCUUACUGACACUUUGUAUUUCCUAACUUAUUUUCACACGAAACACCACAUCGAGUUGAAAAUUUGGUAUACUAAAUAAGAAACACUAAGGAAGUUGGGCCCGGCACUAUAUUUUUAUAAUUAUGAAACAAAAAUUUUUGUAAAAAUUUUUUUUUUUUGCUUUUUUCAAAAUUAUACAAAUUUAGGACCAGAACCAUCUUUUUCGUGCUUCUUAUUUAUUGUCCCAAAAUUUCAACUCGGUGUGGCGCUUCGUGUGACAAUAAGUUAAAAAAUAAAAAAAGUGUCGGUAAUGUAGGAAUCUGGUAACGUCUCCCAAUCAUCACAUGUCCUUAAAGAAUAUUGUAACCUAUCCCCUGGCGGACCGAAUGAAUGACAAGGGUACGCUAUGGCGUACUCUUAUAGUAUCCACAUAUUAUCCCUGUCGUAUCAUUCAACAAAAACGCAAAAAACAGUAAGAUGAACCUUUAAUUUAUUGGAAUUCGAAUUCUACGUUAAAUGUUCCAUGAGAAGGUUACAGAAUAAUUGCAAUAGUUAUUUUUCAGCGUUAACAAGUUUAAAAUAUACAAUACCUGUCAUGAACAUAGGCUGAAGGCGGCUUCAAGCGGAAGUUAUGACAUUUUUUUAAAUUUUCAAUGCUUCAAAAAACCACUAUUGCAAUUGUUGUGUGCCCUUCUCAUGGUAAAUUUAACGUAGAAUCUAAAUUGCAAUAAAUUAAAGGUGCAACUCACAGUUUUUUUCAGUUCACUAGAAUUUUCAUAAAAAUUACUAACAAUAGAUGUAAAUUAAGAAGAGAUUGUGGAUUCCAAGUUUUUGCUUACCUUUUUUUACGGUGAAAGUCUUCAGAUGAUUUGACAUGGAAUUGCUUAUUAGUCGAUUAAGAAGCAACCACAUUAUGCAAAGACUCAUAGUUUCCCUUCAAAAACUUUCACAUCCUCAUUAAUGUGAGAGGCCACCUGUUACUAACGAAGUAAGCUGAAGUUUUUAGUUAAAGUAGGGGAUUAACAGUAAUUUUAGCAUUAAUGGAACGUUCACUAUACCAGGCUGCAAUACAUUUGCGAAUGUUAAAGUUUAAGGGUUUCUUUUUAAAAAAAAAAGCCUGACGGUGCUACUCUUCCAUAGGCAAACACGUCGGUGACGUCACACGAGAGACAACACAAGCGUGUUGAAAAACGUGCGCAAAGCGCAUUAUAAUUUGAAUUUACUCAAAAGUAAUGAAAAUGAAGAUUUUUCCCGUUGUCGAACCUAUCCGAGAAAUAUUUUAGAGAAAAUAAUUCCUUAUGUAGAAAGAAAUUUUAAAUAAUUCAAAGAAAAUGUGAUAAUUUAAAAGUUUAGACGUAUUCCUAACCCUUUUUUUGUACAUAUGCCAACCGAUCAACUUCUGUGAGAAAAUCUAGUUCUCACUUGUCAAUCUAAAGAAAAACAUUGAAAAGCUAUCUCCAUUGAUAAUCUGAUUGGAAAAUAGAUCUUGUCAUCCGUAAAUUAUUGCGGACGAAUAAUCGACAUUUUUUUUUUUUACUAAUUCGUCCGUCUUUUCUGUCUUAUAAAAUACCAUUUUAAAUUGUUAAAAUCCUCUGAAAUUCACUAAUUUACGCAUUUCCUUAUAAAAAAAAAAAAGAAAUGUUAGAAAUACGUAAAAAACAUCGCAUUUUCUUUGGAUUAGCUAAAAUGUCUUUCUGCCGUAGCAAUUACUUUUCUUCAAAAUCAUUCUUGGACAGGUUCCAGCACUAAAAGCACCUUGCUUUUAAUUACUGUCUACGAAUUUUCAAUUACAGUGAACCGCUUCAAUAGCCCUGCCUUCUAUAGCCGUUCCGAGAGUUGAUGCCGCGCCGCAUGUAGGUGUAACAGGUGCUGCGUGGGGUGCGCGGGACCUGCGGCUGCCAUUCAGGCGAGCAAUCAGGCGUGAACAAACAAAAGCGGAGCGGUCUACAAUGAGUUAGUUCCCACCCACCUUCAGCCCUGAAAUCGGAGCUAUAGAAGAGUUUCACAGUAUUCUUCCUUUCCAUAAGCUCUUAGGUACACUUGUAUGCAUAAGUAGGAAAAAGUGGCGGCCUUGGUCUUUUUUUUCCAAAAAAUUGUAAAUCAAACUUUAACGCAAACAAAUGCAUUGCAGUUUAUGAAGCCUGCAUUGCACCUUAAGUUAUUGUAAAAGAUUGUAAUUAUCAAUGCGAAUACUGUAUUUAUUCAAACAAAAUAGUUUAAAUCGAGACACUUUCAAGCAAGAUGUUUGCAUGUAUAUACAUACGGGUAGAAUUAGUAGAUACUAUAUAUGUGGAUAUAACACGCUUUUUAAUCGUAUAAUACAAGUGGUGUAGAUUUUCCUUUUAUGGCUAAAAUAGUGAAAAAAUCUUUGAAAUAUUCAGAUGCUCUAUCUGCUGUUGAGUAAAACUUGAGGUAAUACAGUGCUCCUUAAACUGGUGUAAAAAGAAAUUAAUCUAGAGCCUAAAUUUUAAUUAUAAUAAGUCGCUGCAUGCUACAGUGUUUUCCUUGAAUAUACUUUUGUUUUCAUGUCAUGAAAUAAUAAUCGUUUCCCAUAAAAGGAAAAUUUUUAUCGUAAUUUUAUAUUAAUUUACCCUAUCGUCGCAUGUGGAGUAUGUUACGCUAAACUUUAUAAAUAAAAUGUAUGAAAACAGUUACUUAUAUUCCUAAGCAAUUGGUAUAUUUAUAUAGUUUGCAAUGUCUUCAGUUUUACCUUGAAUGCUUCUUUAUAUAUUUUGAUGAGUUGCGUUUUAUUAUUGAAAACAUUAUUGUAAUUGUUAUUACAGGCUAAUUUCCAUUAUUAUUGCUUUUUCGGUCACUGUAAAUAUCUUGCAGUCUGUUUAAUUCACCGGUAAAAAAGGCACAAGUUUUGGUGCUUUAAAUUUAUAAUACAUUUUCGAAAUGGCACUAAAUAAUGAUAACAUAUGUGAAUCGAGAACAAUGGAAUUCAUAACUUUCAACGAAUAAAAAACUAUGCUGAUAAUAA